AUGCCACACGCCACCGCGGUUACCGGCCAGGGCCAUCUCGCCUCUCUGGCCGCCGCACGCAAGCUGGAUGCAGCAGCCGCCGGCGAGGCAAUUGCACGCCUGCCACCGCUACAGCUGCUACAGCCUUCCAAGGUGCUAGCAGAGCAGGUGGUGGCUGUACGGCGGGAUCGGCAGCAGGGCGGCAGCAAGGCGCUGCGGGCGGUGCAAGCGGCCAGCGGCAACCUCAGCGAGCGCGAUAUCGAGAUGCUGCGCCACAGCUACACACUCAUGGCAGCAGGUGACGGUCCAGAGGUGGGUCUGCUGCCUCACCAGCUCCGCGAGCUGGUGGUGAUGGCGGGACUGGAUCCAGCCGCACCCUCCACGAGGAGCCUGGUGGAGGAGCUCAUGCGGCGCAGAACGGCGAACACGGGCCGUAUCACCUUCGACUCCUUUAUGCUGGUCGUCGCACAUUUCCAAGACGAGGCGGUGGCAGCGGAGGCGGCAGCAGCCGUCGAGACCGCAGCGGCGCAGGCCGCCGCCACCCUCUCCGCAACCGCCGGCACACGCGGCAUCGCCGGGACUGGCAUGGCGCACAUGCUGGCGGGUACGGCAGCCGCGGCGGCAGAGGCUGCUGCCGCCGAGGCGGCGGAGGCGGAGGCCGCCAGGCUGGCGGCCGUGGCGGAGGCUGACGAGGAGGGCGAAGGCGCAGAUGAGGUGGUGUACGACGGUGACGGCGGCGAGGACGUGGCGGAGGCGCGGGCCGCUGCCUCGGCGGUGGCGUCGCAGCCGCCGGCGCCUAAUGACGGGCAUGAGGAGGAGCAGUUCCUGCCUGAGGAAGGGGGCAAUAAUCACGCCGUGCAUGCGGUGAUGUACCCAGCAGAGGAGCGCCAACUGGGAGAAGUGCUGAUGGGUCUUAUUGAGACAUUUGGCUCGUGGGCCGUGCUGGGUCCUGAUUAG